AUGGUGUUGAUUGAGGGACGCCGCCGGGAUCCGCAAGCACCAGCCCCAGGCCAAAAGAGGCCAGCAGAAGAUGCAUCACUACAGGCCAACAAGCAGCCUCGGAGCGGUGAGGCACCGGGUGAGACAGUGGCUCCGACAGCGUUGGGACCUGGCGGAUUGCCCGGGCAAGCUUGGCAGACUGUGCAGAGCAUCCCCGCGCUCGUGACUGCAGCACCUCCACCGCCCAUCGCACCAAACCCACAGGCAGCCGCCAUAUUAGCAACUCUGCAAAAUGCCGCGACUGCACCAGCACAGAACCCCCAAACGGCUGCACUGGUAGCAGCCUUGGCAGCACAGAACCCAGCCAACUCUGCACAAGCCCCACCACCAAAUCCACAAGCCCUUGCCAUUCUCAGUGCCCUGGGUGGAGCCGGUGCUGCAGCAGGCACCGCAGCAGGCGGCACAGCCCCUGCGCCAUCCUCCCUAUCACCACAAGCCCAAGCAGUCAUCGCUGCUCUCGUCGCAGCCAAAUCGUCGGCUCCUCCCACAUUACCAGCCUCAUCACCAUUGCUUGGGCUGGCUCAGGCAACAACUCCCGGCGCGACUGCAGCCCCUGCGACAGCAUCUGGCCAAAUCGACAACUCUGCACAAGCCCCACCACCAAAUCCACAAGCCCUUGCCAUUCUGAGUGCUCUGGGUGGAGCCGGUGCUGCAGCAGGCACCGCAGCAGGUGGCGCAGCCCCUGCGCCGUCUUCCCUAUCACCACAAGCCCAAGCAGUCAUCGCUGCUCUCGUCGCAGCCAAAUCGUCGGCUCCUGCGACAUUACCAGCCUCAUCACCAUUGCUUGGGCUGGCUCCGACAACAACACCCGGUGCGACAGCAGCCCCUGCGAAUGCUUCUGGCCAAAUCGAUAUCAUCGCACACUUGGCAGCGUCGGCGCGCAUCAAUGCGGCCAUGAACGCAGCCUACUCACCGCCAGAAGAGCAGCAGCCAGCUCCUGUAGCACCGGAGCCAGCGGCUUUUGACAAGGACGCCUUACGCCGCUUGGCGCAGCGAGCAGCAGAGGGUCCCAUCGAAGAUGAGCCUCCGCCCCCGCCACCACCCGAAUCGGCGGCAAAGGUUGCAAUCCCUGAAGUGGAGCAGGGACAGGACGUGGAAGAGCCUGCCGCUGCGCCCGAUGCAGCUUCUGAUGCCACCAAUGCCAUGGUGCAGCCAGCUCCGAUCCAGGAAGAUGAUGCGAAUGGUGCAGCACCGGCGACCUCGGCAGAGGCAGAGGCGAAGAAGAAGGAUUCUUCUUCCAUUGCCACAAUGCUCAGCUACGCGCAAAGCAAUGUUGCCAAAGGCAAGGUGCCAGCAGAUAAAAGUGUGGACACUGCCUCAUUGCAGCAGGCUUUCACCAUCGGAGGCGGAGCAAGUGGCCAUGCCUCGACUGGCUUGAAGGGGUUGUCGCCGGUGGAGAGCCUUUCUCAGAGACUUGAUUCGGCAGGUCCAGACCUUCCUUCCGAGGAGCGAAAGGACCUCCAGCAGCAGAUCAGCGCAGUCUUGCCGAAGCUCGAACCAUCCAAAGCGGCUGAGCUCAUCGGCAAGCUGCAGGGUGCAGAAGGCAUCCGCAGCUCAUACUUCUUGGAUGAGAUUGCACGAUGCCUGCAUCCAUCCCGCUUUACCAGCUCACACUUGACUCGCAUAUUGGCCUCUCUGUCUUCCUGGGCUGCAGCAGUUAGCGGCAGUGAUGCAGAUGGGAAGAUCAAGCUGUCUGAAGAUGCUAGGUCAUUCUUCACAACCUCAGCAGCUGAACUUUCCCUCAGGCUAAUGGAUGUGGCGCCCAAAGAUUUGAGCCAGAUUGCCACAGCCAUGGCCACAAUCGGCAUGACCGAGGAGCGCUUCUUUGCGUCAUUGGCUAGGGCGUCUGUUGCCCGAUGUGAGCGCUUCAGUGUUGAGGAGAUCCUUGUCGUUUGCGCGGCCUUUGACAAGGCGGGGAUGGUCCACCUCCCCCUCUUGGAGGCCUCCGGAAAGUUGCUGAGGAUGCAGGUGGCACAGGUGCCUGGCCCAGAGCUUUCCAAAGGCUUGCGCAGCCUGGCCACAUGCUGUGUUCGUGACUUGGCCCUUGGCAGAGCCGUUGGUGAGCACUUAGCUGAAGGUCCGAAGGGUGGGCUUACUCCAGAAGAGUUCUGCUCCCUUGCUUGGACGUUUGUGACUUUGGGCUUCUAUCACGACCAGAUGUUCCGGGCCGUUUUCAAGGCGCUGGAGGACGCCCCGACUAUGCCCGGGGACACGCUGUGCCAGCUUUACGAGAUCCACUUGGCACUGAAGGCCUUCCGCAACGACCUCUACGGCAAGUAUGAGCUGGAGGAAUCUGCGGUGCAAAGCCUCAAGGCGCACUACAGAAAACAGCGUGGCGGUAAGGUCAGAGAUGUGAAGUUGGACCGUUCCAUGGAGAAGGUUUGCAAGGACAUCGCAGACUGCCUCCAGAAGGUAGUGACCGGAUCCGUCUCCAGGCAACACCAGACCGAGCUUGGGAUGGCAGUGGACAUCGCUGUUUCCAGCAAAAGGGGUUCGCGACCCAUUGCCUUCAUCGAGGUUGAUGGGUCGCAUUCUCUCAUGAAAACGCUAGACUUGACAGGGCCCACGGCAUCGCAGAUCUCCAGAGUACGGGGACCUGUCUUGCUGAAGAGGUACCUGCUGCAGAAGCAUGGCUUCCGAAUAGCGGUUGUUCCGGAAGACUUCUGGCGGAGCUUGCCAGACACCAGAGACAAGCGGGACAGUCUCCAGUGCUGCCAAAGAAUUGUUGAACACAGCAAUGCCGUGCCCGGAGUUCUGCCCAGCAUGCUCAGGUUCCUCCGCAUCAUGGACAUGUUGCAGUUGGGUUUGCGUGAAGGCCACUUGCAGGUUCUGAUGGAGGCAUACUGUGAUGCAAGCGACAGGGAGUUCAGCUACUUGGACUUCUGCAAUUCUGUUCGCCGUCGAGCUUCUGAAGUCGGCAGCACAUCACGGAAGUUGUACAACGUGUCAGAACCUUCAAGAUACUUCACACGAAAGGGCAAGGUGAUCCCUCUGGUUCGACAGGCCCCUCUUUCUGCGAGGUCGCCCGGGGUGCAUCGUUUCUGCAGUUGCAGUAUCUACGAUAUUUUGGAGAAGUAUGCAGGUCAUAGCUCAGGCAGCACGGAUUUGGAGCCAGUGCUUCGUCAGCGUGUUGUGGCAAACGCAUCGCAGGCACCCGGCGCAGCAGCGGUUCUCUUCGUUUACCACAUCUUUUUCGUCAACCUGUUAGCAUCCUUUUACCAGUGUGUCAUGACUGAUCCGGGCGUAGUGCCUCCAAACUGGGGCUUCUACAUGGGCGAUGAGACGAAGCGAAGAAGGUAUUGCAAAAUGUGCAAUGUCUGGAAGCCUGACCGGACACACCACUGUAGUAUUUGCAACCGCUGCAUCCUGAACAUGGACCGAUGUCUGGGAAUGGGCAAGGUUGGACUGUUUGGCAAACAAUCUUCAGAGGCAGUUCCUGUGCUGCGUAUCGGUUCAAAACCAGCAAGCCUCAAGACAGUACCGACAUGUCUCAAUUUGGGUUUUACUCUCUCAUUGGAUGCUUGUCAAGAGCAGGGGUCAGAUUGUUAA